CUCCGCUUACUUUUGGCCGGCAAAUAUAUGGUAUGCAUCCGCAGGAUGCGCGGGGCGUGUGUCCCCAGGCGUCCCUCAGUCGCGCUCUGUCUGCCCCCAGGCUUGUCCGGAAUCCUCUACGUUCACUAGGUUCCUAGACUCGUUCCACAGCCAUGGCCCAGCAAGCAGCCACCGUAAGCGAGAAGGGAGGGCGAGAAGACCCGCCUACCUCCCCGACGAGCGUAGAGUCAGGGAAGAAGACGAAGCCGGAUUGGAGGGCAAAUGAACAGCAGGUUCUGCCAGAAAACAAGCUGCCUAUCGUAUUUUUCGGCCUGAUGGCUUCUGUAUUCCUUUCUGCACUCGAUCAAACAAUUGUGUCCACCGCCUUGCCUACCAUUGUCGAGAAAAUAGGUGGAGGAAGUGAAUAUGGAUGGGUUGGAAGUGCAUAUUUGCUUGCGGCCGCUGCUCUCUCGACUGUCUACGGAAAGCUCUCAGAUAUUGUCGGCCGGAAACCCGUACUGUUCGGCUCGAUCCUGAUUUUCCUGAUCGGCUCCGCGCUAUGUGGUGCCGCACAGAACAUGACCUGGCUUGUCGUCUGCCGUGCCGUCCAAGGUAUCGGAGGUGGUGGCAUCAUGCAGCUCGUGCAGAUCACUAUUUCAGACAUUGUGUCACUCCGAGACCGAGGGAAAUACGCAGGUCUCAUCGGAGCAACUUGGGGAAUUGCGAGUGUCAUAGGACCCCUUCUUGGUGGAGUGUUUGCAGAGCACGUUUCGUGGAGAUGGUGCUUCUUCAUCAAUCUGCCAACCGGUGGAGUGGCGUUCGGCAUCCUGUACUUCUUCCUGAACCUGAAUCCACACCACGGCAAGCCGUUCCGCGAACAUGUCCGGGAAUUCGACUUCGUCGGCCUCAUCCUGAUCAUCGGCGGGGUUGUGUGCAUUCUCAUCGGCUUCAACUAUAGCGAGAACUCCUGGGAUUCUGCUGCGGCCAUCGCGCCGUUGGUGAUAGGCGUCGUCCUGCUGCUACUCGCCGUUGUGAAUGAGAUAUUCACGCCGAGGUCACCCAUCGUCCCCCCACGCCUCUUCAGAGUACGAACAACCGCCUUCAUUUCCAUCUCCGUCUUCAUACACGCCAUAGCCUUCUUCAGUGGUACAUUCUACCUGCCUGUAUAUUAUCAGGUACUGGGUGCAUCGGCCACGAUGUCUGGCGUUAGGUGUGUAUUGACAGACUCACCUGCCAGUAUGUCACUGCUUACAGUCGAGCGCAGGAUGCUUCCCUUUUCACUCGGGGCGUCAAUCAUGUCUGUGGUCUCCGGCCAAAUCGUCGCGAGGACUGGCCGCUGGAGACCCGUGAUGUGGGUCGCAUGGGCCAUGUUUACCCUGGGCUACGGCCUCAUGAUCAUGCUCAGCGAGUCGUCGUCAAACGGCGUCAAGGAGGCCAUCCCGCUCAUUGGUGCCCUCGGCCUGGGCUGCCUGUUCCAGACGCCAUUAAUCGGCUUGCAGGCAGCGAUGCCGCUCAAGGACAUGGCGACGACCACGGCGACCUUCGGCUUCCUCAGGUUGCUCGGCGGAUCUAUGGGCGUCACGAUUGGCGACGCGAUCCUCUCAGGGGUGUUGCAACGGAAGGUCAAGAACAUCCCGGGGCUGGACAUCAACACGUCGGCGUCGAACCUGAACCAGUUCGUCCCGCAGAUUCAGUCGAUAUCCGAUGUAACGACCCGCAUCGCCCUCAUGAAGGCAUAUUGCGAGGCCAUCAGCACGAUCUGGAUCGUUGACACACCAAUCAUUGGUGUCGGUUUCAUCCUAGUCUUGUUUUUGCGCGGCUACACGCUCAAGCGGAACGUCGUCCGCGGCGGCCAACAGCCAAGCACAGCCGACGUCGAGAAGGGUCAGGCGGAGGCCGUCGCGGAAGGCAACCCAGGCGACAUGGCGAUCGACCCGUCCGCCGGCGACGACGGCGCGACCCAGGAGAGGACACAGACGUCCAUCUCAAGAGAGGACACGCGCACCAUUGCGGGUGGCGAGGAGGUCGGCCGGAAGGAAAGCGAAAAGCAGUAAGUAGCCGCGAGGGGAUCUUUCAUGAUGCAUGUACGAACGGAUUUACUUUUUAUGACACGCACGCACGA